GGUCAUGUGCUCGCGAGCGGCGGCGAGCUGCUUCUGCAGGUCAGCUUCGGCGGCGGCCUCAGCGAGGAGACGGUCGGUGAGGGCCUGCAGCUCGUCCUGCAUGGCGGAGACCGAGUCAUCGUUGCUCGCCGCACCGCGAGGCGACUGAGCGGAUGACGUGCCUGUGUAUUGGUCGUCAAGUACCGAGUGCUGGUGGGCGUCGGUGAGGUCGGCGACCUUGGCCUCGGAGGCCUCGAGGAGGGCGCGGGCUUUGGCGGCGGCAGCGUGCGCGUCCUCAACCUCGGCCUCGAGGACAGCAACGCGGCGCUGGAGCGCGUCGCGCUCGCGAGCGGCUCGGAUGGCGGAGCCCAUCGAAGCGCCAGACAUAGUGCGGCCAGACAUAGUCCGCGAGGCCUUGCGGGCUGCGAGCUUGGCGGCAAGCGAGCGUGGCGGGUGGCGGGCUGCGGCGGCUGCGGCGGCUGCCGGCGGCGAUGGGCUCGACGCCGAGGCUUCGCACAGGUUGCGAAAGUAUGCCACGUAUGUCAUGAUGGCAAAUGGGUCCGGAUCAGUCAGCGUCGGGUGCGGUGCGAGGACCUGCGGAAUGGAGAGGGCGGCCUCUGCACGGUCAAAGACUGCAGCGAGCUGGGCGACAAUGUCCGGCGACGCCGGCGACGAGUAGAGCUGCAGUGAGAUGUCUGCAGCGAGCGCCGGAUCGCGGGCGGCAGUCGCCUCAAGCAGCAGGGCAAGAAGGCGGCCGUUCUGGAAGCAAGAGCUAAAGUUGGAGGCCUUCUC